AUGGAAGAACUAAAUGGAAAUGAUUUAUCUGCUAGUGAAUCUGAAAAUGAAAAUAGAGAUACACCUAUAUUAGCGAUGGAAGACAAAAAUGGUCUUAAUAGUGAUGUAGAAAAGAGAGAAGAAAAUGAGAUAUUGCCACCAAUUCAAAUCGAUUUACAAGAGCUUCAACAUAACGAUGGUAGUGCGAUAGCCAAAGAAGCUCGGGAAGCUUCGGAACGUUUAUCAAAUAUAAUCAAAACAUUAAAAGAACAUGCAACGAGUGUCUUAAAAGAUAUCGAGGACUUAGAGAAGGAAUUGGGUAACGAUAGUGGAGGUGGGGGUGGUGGUGGUGGUGGUAGUGGAGGUGGGGGUGGCGGUGGCGGCGGAAGCGGUGGAGGUGGUGCAGAUAAUACUCCAAGUGGUGGAAGUGGAGCACCUGAUGGUAGUAAUGAAGCUAACACAAAGGUGGUAGUUUGCAGUGGUAGUAAGACGGGAGAUAAUACGAACACAGGUAAUGGAAGUGGUGGUUCAAAUAACAAUGGAACUGAACCCACACAGGAGCCGAAUAGUGGUGGCAAUCCAGAUAGUGGUAAACAAAGUAAUCCACCACAAGGUAAACCAUGCCCAUCAGGUUAUGUGCCAAAACAUGUGCAAACGCCACAACAACCGUUCAUUAUAAAUGAAUGGGGUGCACCGGUUAAAGGCGAUUAUGAUGCCAUAUACCAAGCGCGUAAUGAUUUUAUGCAACAGGCACAAGAAGCCGUUUCACAAUGGAGAGAUCAAAUCGAAAGUUGUAAACAUGUACUUGAUGAAGCGGUUGCUCAAGCUGCUCAAAAUGAACAUGACACACAAAUGGCAAAUGUAGCUGUUACUAGAGCAUUGGAUGAUAGUAAAUCAGAUAUGAGAGUUACGGAUAGUUCAAAUAAUCAAUAUGGGGGUAACUUCAACGAUGCAGCACCGCCUGCUGCAUGCUGCCUCUCAACUCUUCAAAAUGGCAAAUCUAACGUAGGAAGUAUAGUUAAUGCUAAUGGCAUAAGUGGAGCAACAAGUUCUGGAGGUUGCCAUCAUAAACCACCAGUUAACUCGAACAAUAAUAAUAAUAACAAUGCCAAUAAUAACAAUAAUAAUAGUGCCAAUAACAAUAAUGCUAAUAAUAAUAAUAAUAAUUAUAAUAAUAAUGGAAAUGGUAAUAACAAUAAUGGAAACAAUAGUAAUAGAAACAAUAGUAAUGGAAACAAUAAUAAUGGGAACAAUAAUAAUGGAAACAAUAAUAAUGGAAACAAUAAUAAUGGAAACAAUAACAAUGGGAACAAUAAUAAUGCGAACACUAAUAACAAUGCCGACAAAAAAACGAGCCUAAAAAAACCCCGAUCUUAUAGAUUAAGAAAACGAUAUGGAAACUAUGAUCGUUUACUUGAGAAAAAUUCUAAUCUCUUAGGUUCUAUUUUUUAA